UCGAGGGGCGAACGGAUCGCCGGGGAGGGGGACCGGAGAGCCGCGCCUGCCGCGCGGCGCGCCCCUUCCCGCCCCCUGCACCAUGAGCUGGGGCACCGAGCUCUGGGAUCAAUUUGACAACUUAGAAAAACACACACAGUGGGGAAUUGAUAUUCUCGAGAAAUACAUCAAAUUCGUAAAGGAAAGAACAGAGAUUGAACUCAGCUAUGCAAAGCAACUCAGGAAUCUUUCAAAGAAAUACCAACCCAAAAAGAACUCGAAGGAGGAAGAAGAAUACAGGUACACGGCCUGUAAGGCUUUCCUUUCCACCCUGAACGAGACGAAUGAUUAUGCCGGGCAGCACGAGGUGAUCUCUGAGAACAUGACCUCGCAGAUCACCGUGGAGUUAGCACGCUACGUCCAGGAGCUGAAGCAGGAGAGGAAAUCGCACUUUCAUGAAGGACGGAAGGCCCAACAGCACAUAGAGACUUGCUGGAAGCAACUCGAAUCUAGUAAAAGACGAUUUGAGCGGGAUUGCAAAGAGGCUGACCGGGCACAGCAAUACUUUGAGAAAAUGGAUGCUGACAUAAACGUUACGAAAGCAGAUGUUGAAAAGGCACGACAACAAGCUCAAAUUCGUCACCAAAUGGCAGAGGAUAGCAAAGCAGAUUACUCAUCGAUUCUUCAGAAAUUCAACCAGCAGCAACGCGAGUAUUACCACAGUCACAUUCCCAGCAUAUUUCAGAAAAUACAGGAGAUGGAGGAAAGGAGGAUAGUGAGAAUCGGAGAAUCGAUGAAGACGUACGCAGAGGUCGACCGUCAGGUGAUUCCAAUCAUUGGGAAAUGCUUGGAUGGAAUAGUAAAGGCAGCUGAGUCGAUCGAUCAGAAAAAUGAUUCACAACUGGUGAUAGAAGCUUAUAAGUCAGGGUUCGAGCCUCCUGGAGACUUCGAAUUUGAGGAUUACACUCAGCCGAUGAAACGCACAGUGUCCGACAACAGCCUUUCAAACUCCAGAGGAGAUGGCAAAGCCGAGCUCAAAUUUGGUGGCAAAUCCAAAGGAAAGUUAUGGCCGUUCAUCAAAAAAAAUAAGCUUAUGUCCCUUUUAACAUCCCCCCAUCAGCCUCCCCCUCCUCCCCCUGCCUCUGCCUCACCCUCUGCUGUUCCCAACGGCCCCCAGUCUCCCAAGCAGCAAAAGGAACCCCUCUCCCAUCGCUUCAACGAGUUCAUGACCUCCAAACCCAAAAUCCACUGCUUCAGGAGCCUAAAGCGAGGGCUUUCUCUCAAGCUGGGCGCAACGCCAGAGGAUUUCAGCAACCUGCCACCUGAACAGAGGAGGAAAAAGCUCCAACUGAAAGUCGACGAGUUAAAUAAAGAAAUUCAAAAGGAGACAGAUCAAAGAGAUGCCAUCACAAAAAUGAAAGACGUUUACCUGAAGAAUCCUCAGAUGGGAGACCCAGCCAGUUUGGACCACAAAUUAACAGAAGUCAACCAAAAUAUAGAAAAACUGAGACUAGAGGCACAGAAAUUUGAGGCCUGGCUGGCAGAGGUGGAAGGCAGGCUCCCCGCGCGCGGCGACCAGGCGCGACGACAGAGCGGCAUGUACGACGGCCAGACGGCGCCGACGGUCAACAACUGCGCGCAGGACCGGGAGAGCAGCCCAGAUGGCAGUUACACGGAGGAGCAGAGCCAGGAGAGUGAGGUGAAGGUGCUGACCACGGACUUCGACGACGAGUUUGACGACGAGGAGCCCCUCCCCGCCAUCGGGACUUGCAAAGCCCUCUACACGUUCGACGGUCAGAAUGAAGGAACCAUUUCAGUCAUCGAAGGAGAAACGCUGUACGUCAUAGAGGAAGACAAAGGCGAUGGGUGGACCCGCAUCCGGAGGAGCGAGGACGAAGAGGGCUAUGUCCCCACUUCGUACGUCGAAGUCUAUUUGGACAAAAAUGCCAAAGGUGCUAAGACUUAUAUUUAAUACAACUUAAAAAAAAAAAAAAAACUUUACAAAAUUGGAGUUGUUUCUCCCCGCAACUGUGACUGUUACAGGCAGUUCUUCAAAAGACGGUGGAGAACAUCACUGUACCUGUCCUCAGUGGGCAUCAGGCAUCUCACACCUGAAUUUCCUUGUCUAGUCCUGACUAUAAUCAAGUUUCACUCGCUGAUGAAAUGUCAUGUGGAAAGCCGCCAACUGCCAAUUUACAGCCGUGUCAUUGGAAAUAAGAGAAGCGUGUCUUCUUUUGGCAGCAUCUGUAGAUAACCAAAAAAAAAACAAAAAAAAAAAGGCUGCCUUGUAGCUCGUAAUCAAUAUUUCUGAAUUUCAAAGUCCGCAUACAUCAUAGUGGUGCAGAAGACUUUAGUUCUCAUUUCUAUCUAGUAUCUGCCGCAAAUCGAACCACCAUAGAAUGUUACAUUUUGUAAGUUAAGUAGUUGGACUGUGAUAGUUUGUGAAAUCUUAACGUUCACUUGGGAGAAGUCAUAAAUCACAGCUCCCCCUUCUUGAGUAAAGAAGCAAGUAAGAUUCUUUCUUUGGUACCAAAAGUGUGUAUUUUUACUUAACCUGGUUAAGAUCAUUGUUAUAGUAUCGUGAUUAUCCUAUUAUGUCUAUUGGAUCCUAGAAAACCAAUUGAAAUCUGUAAAAGUUUGGGCAGUUACACCGAGUUGAUUCUUACACGUGCCUAGUGAUCUGCCCUCUGCCAGUCAACAGCGUUGAUCGGCUGUGCUAGUGCUAUUUAGAUAAACUUACAUAAAACAGCUUAGUUUUAUUCUGUUGGAGGUUUUGUGGCAGGUGGAGCUGUACUCAGCUGACACCUCCCAGAUGGGGCCAUACAUAGACACAGCAUCUGCUUCUGCACACAGACGCAGAUCCCAGCACAUUGCUUUUUUUUUUUUUCCGAAUUGAUUUAAUUUUUAAUGUGAACUUGAUUUAGAAAAGGCCUAUAGAUUCUGAUUUUCGUAGUUCCCUGCAUAUUAUCUUUCUGCCUUAAGCUCACAUUUAUAUUAAUGGGAGUAUUACAGAUAGAAAAGAGAUGUUGAGUGUUAAAAACAAAGUUACAAUCUAUAUUUGAAAAAAAAUUAAGUAAAUAAUGGGGUGGGUGUGUGCGUGUGCGUGUGCGUGUGCGUGUGUGUGUGUGUGUGUGUGUGUGAUUCCCCCAGCUACUCUAGCACAUAGAUUUUCGAAGGGGAGAUUUUUUUUUUUAAAUCAUUGGCAUCUUUAAAACCCAAAGUAUGAAGUUACUGAAAAUCAUUUUAGAAUUGCUAGCUCAUUUCGUAGAAUGAACAGUAGCCAGAAUAAAAUAAACUGUUUCACCAUCUUUAAAGGAAUCUGGGUCACACGGGGAUUUGCAUUUUGAAGUUGGCAGGAUACGUAGUAAAUUGGUCGCAUGCGUAGAUGAGCACCACGCCCCGCGUUUGUGCCCUUUUUGAAAACUUACCCCGAGAUCUCCAGAGAACAGCUAGAAUGGGUCAGAAUGAAGGUGUCACCUUGAGAUUCUCUUUUUAUUUGGCUUCGAACAUGAUUCCUGUCCUUCCUACUUUUAAAUGGGAAAUUAGCUCCUUGCCUCAACAUUGGGCUCCUUUUAUAAGCGCAAGUCAAUUUGAAGCUGAUUUUUAAAAGCGACAGUAGCUCGCGGGGGUGAGGAGAGAUGUGGCAGGAGUUAUAGGUGCUCGAUGCAGAUUCCAGCAGAAGGUUCACUUACGUUUCUCACAAAGGCCACCAGGGUGGAACUCGUUAACCUUUCCUUAAUGACAGCCUGAUAUGUAAAACACUUUUUGUUUUUAAAUAAUUAUAGAAUCUCAAGAACUUGCAAAGAUAGUGCAGAGAGAUCCGGGUACCCUUCCCCCAGACCCCGCCCCAUGGUCAUAUCUGACACAAUUGUAAUACAGCAUCAAAAGCAGGAAACCGACUCCCGUCCGCCUGACUUUUUAAAAUAUAACUUUGUAAUUCAAAUUCCUUUGGAAUAAUUAUACUUUUACUGACAUAAUGUCGAUAAAGCCACUCAGCCUGAACCCAUAAUGAGCAGCGGGAGGUCACCCCUUUAGAUCUGUCCCACGUGAAUGGGAGGCCUGCAGUAUUACAAUCUAACUUUUCUAUCCGGUGAUGAACUCACUUCCAGAGUAGGAACUCCUGGAAAAAGCAAACUAACCACUGAAAGUCUUAACGUGGGGCAAGACGACAUUAGCCCUUUACACGCCAGCCUUGAAAAGUAUGCCAUUCCGUGAGGUUUGGUUUGUUUUCCUUUGAUAUUGUGCAAAUUCCAUCCAGAAAAUAGCUCAGUUGAUUUGGGGGUGGGGGGUUGGUGCCUAAAUUAUGAUCACUCGUUUAAGUCCUACACCUCAGCACCUGUAGCCCAUGGAGCUCUGGAAUCCUGACCAAACAGUGGAAGAUAUGUUAUAGUUUCAGCUCCAUCUAGUCUGUGCGUGAAGGAUUAGAAAAAACAUUGACACAAUUCUCAAGGAAUCAAGAAUUUCCCUUUCCGCCCAAAGUAUACUUUGUUUUCUUCCAAUAGUUAUCUGUUAAAAUAAAAGAAACAAAGUCCCGGCUUUUAUUUUAGAGAUAAACUUAGAACUCACUAAUGUGUAUGUGAAAAGAAGCUUUUCUCCGUCCCCCGCCAACACCCAUCCGGACCCCCGCACGUCUGAGUUGAGUCGCGUAUAUGUGUGUGUGGUGUCUACGAUGUGACUUGUUUAAUAACUGCCAAAACAUUUGGACUAGGGGAACUUUCAAUUGGUCAACUGGAUUGUAACUAUCUUCUUUUAUGGUUUUGUUUUGUUUUUUUUUAAAUUGCUUUCUGUUACACUCGUCCAGUAAACCCCGUCCAAUAUAUUUGUAUAUACUGCGAUUUAAAAACUAAGAAGGAUUACUUGAAUUCCGUUUGUUUUAACGUUUUGCUCUUUUAUCUGUUUGUUUUAUUGGUGAUUCUGCUGCCUCAUGUCAUGACCUUUUUGUUUUUAUGGAAGGACUGUGUCACUGCUAGGUAGGGCCCUGCGGCUGCUCCUCGCUUGAGUUUAUAGUAGACACUUGGGUUCUGAGUAAGUUACGUGUGAAUACGGCCAACGUGGUUGUUUCUCUCUGUCCUUAUCCUAAAAGAAAAGACUGUCUGGCACUUUUUAGUUGUACCCUCGUACCUGCCUCUCUAAUAAACGUUAUAUUUUUCUCA